UUUCCGGGCAUCCUGGAGGAUGACCCUGGUGCCAGGCCCGGCGCCGGCCGUCUGAUGCCGGGCGGGCUGAGCUGGGGAUGCUGGAACGGAGGACGUUGCUAUGGCAACGGGAGGCAGGGCCUGGGGGGGGGACCGGGCCCGGGCUGGGGCCGGGGGGGCCGGCGGAGGCUGUGGCGGGGCGAUGGCGGAACGCGGCCCAGCCUUCUGCGGCCUCUACGACACCUCUUCGCUGCUUCAAUACUGCAACGAUGACAAUUUGUCGGGCACCAGCGGCAUGGAGGUGGACGACCGCGUGUCGGCGCUGGAGCAGCGUCUGCAGCUGCAGGAAGACGAGCUGGCGGUGCUGAAGGCCGCGCUCGCCGACGCGCUCCGACGGCUGCGCGCCUGCGAGGAGCAGGGCGCGGCCCUGCGCGCCAGGGGCACCCCCAAAGGCCGGGCCCCUCCGCGCCUCGGCACCACGGCCUCGGUGUGCCAGCUCUUGAAAGGCCUUCCCACCAGAACGCCCCUCAAUGGCUCCGGACCCCAGCGGCGCGUGGGCGGCUAUGCCACGUCCCCAUCCUCCCCCAAGAAGGAGCCCACUGCUGGGCGCAGUGCUCGUCGCUAUUUGUCACCCGAUCGCCUCGCCUCCGUGCGCCGCGAGGACCCGCGCAGUCGCACCACAUCCUCCAGCAGCAACUGUAGCGCCAAAAAGGAAGGCAAAACCAAAGAAGUUAUCUUCAGUAUGGAGGAGGGCUGUGUUAAGAUGUUCCUGAGGGGUCGCCCUGUACCUAUGCUAAUCCCGGAUGAGCUGGCGCCCGCGUACAGCCUGGACACCCGCUCGGAGCUUCCUUCCCGCAAGCUCAAGCUGGACUGGGUCUACGGCUACCGAGGCCGUGAUUGCCGGGCCAACCUCUACCUGCUACCCACGGGGGAGAUUGUGUACUUUGUGGCCUCCGUGGCCGUGCUCUACAGCGUGGAGGAGCAGAGGCAGCGGCACUACCUGGGACACAAUGAUGACAUCAAAUGCCUGGCUGUCCACCCAGACAUGGUCACCAUCGCUACUGGUCAGGUGGCAGGCACCACAAAGGAGGGGAAGCCGCUGCCACCCCACGUGCGCAUCUGGGACUCAGUUUCCCUCUCAACCUUACACGUGCUGGGCCUGGGGGUGUUUGACCGAGCCGUGUGCUGUGUGGGUUUUUCCAAAUCGAACGGUGGCAGCCUGCUCUGUGCUGUGGAUGAAUCCAAUGAUCAUAUGCUGUCCGUGUGGGACUGGGCCAAGGAGACCAAAGUGGUGGAUGCCAAGUGUUCCAAUGAGGCGGUGCUGGUGGCUACCUUCCACCCCACGGACCCUACCAUGAUCAUCACCUGCGGGAAAUCCCACAUCCACUUCUGGAACCUGGAGGGUGGCAGUUUGAGCAAGAGGCAGGGCCUCUUUGAGAAACAUGAGAAGCCGAAGUACGUGCUGUGUGUGACCUUUCUAGAGGCUGGCGAUGUGGUCACUGGAGACUCAGGAGGGAACCUCUAUGUCUGGGGUAAAGGUGGGAACCGCAUCACACAGGCCGUGGUGGGCGCCCACGAUGGUGGUGUGUUUGCGCUCUGCGCCCUGCGGGACGGGACGCUGGUGUCUGGAGGUGGCCGUGAUCGGCGGGUGGUCGUCUGGGGUUCAGACUACAGCAAGCUGCAGGAGGUGGAGGUCCCUGAGGACUUUGGCCCCGUGCGUACUGUGGCAGAAGGCCGGGGAGACACGCUGUAUGUGGGGACCACCCGCAACUCCAUCCUGCAGGGCUCUAUUCACCUGGGCUUCUCUCUGCUGGUCCAGGGCCAUGUGGAGGAGCUGUGGGGCCUGGCUGCCCACCCCAGUCAGCCGCAGUUUGUGACGUGCGGGCAGGAUAAGCUGGUGCACCUGUGGAGCGCGGAGACCCACCAGCCCCUCUGGAGUCGGAGCAUCGAGGACCCCGCCUGCUCUGCUGGCUUCCACCCCAGUGGUGCGGUCCUGGCUGUAGGCACGGUGACUGGCAGGUGGCUGCUACUGGACACGGAGAAGCACGACCUGGUGGCUAUCCACACUGAUGGCAACGAGCAGAUCUCAGUGGUCAGUUUCUCCCCAGACGGGGCGUACCUGGCCGUGGGCUCCCACGACAACUUGGUGUACGUGUACACGGUGGACCAGGGUGGCCGCAAGGUCAGCCGCCUGGGCAAGUGCUCGGGUCAUUCCAGUUUCAUCACGCACCUGGACUGGGCUCGGGACAGCAGCUGCUUUGUCACCAACUCCGGGGACUAUGAGAUUCUGUACUGGAAACCGGCCACAUGUAAGCAGAUAACCAGCGCAGACUCUGUGAGGAACGUGGAAUGGGCCACGGCAACGUGUGUCCUGGGGUUUGGAGUGUUUGGGAUCUGGUCUGAGGGCGCGGAUGGCACAGAUAUCAACGCCGUGGCCCGCUCCCAUGACAGCACGUUGCUGGCUUCGGCUGAUGACUUUGGCAAAGUUCACCUGUUUAGCUACCCCUGCUGUCAGCCGCGGGCCCUCAGCCACAAGUAUGGCGGACACAGCAGUCACGUGACAAAUGUGGCCUUCCUGUGGGAUGACAGCAUGGCCCUCACCACAGGGGGCAAGGAUACCAGCGUGCUGCAGUGGCGGGUGGUCUGAGGCGCAGGGGUCCCCACGUCACGGGAAGUGACGGGGCCGGAGUUCUAUUUUCGGGAGAUGUCUAUUGCCGAGUAGAGUAAUAUAUACCCAGAGUAUGUCUAUAGCAGAGAAGGUUAUGGGGUGGGAGGGUGGAAGGACAGACAGAAGUCUCUCUUUAUUGGGUGGGAAGAAGUGAGGGGCACAGUGCUUUAGGAGAAAUCAUCCGGGCAUUUGUUUUGGGGGUGUUUUUUAAGUUUCAUCUUUUGUAUCAUCCAGAAAUAAAGACCACAUGCACUGAGA